AUGGCGUUCAAGGAACCGACGCAGGCGGAGUUCUUCACGGCCCUAGCCGUAUUCGGGCUGGUGCUCGUGGUGACUUCGGUCUUCAUGACUCAAAAACCACCAUGGAUGGCAGGAGAGGAAGCGGACCUUGGCGUUUCUUCACCUUACCAAACUCCCGCAAGCCCCCCUGAUGAAUAUUCCGAAGAGGAGAUGCAGGAGAUGCAGGGCACUCAGGCCGAGAAGGCGUUGAAGACUCAGUCUCUAGCCGUAAGGGGGAAGCAGCGGCUGUUGUCCGGAAAGGCGGCAGUCGCUCUCGCAGCGUCACAUCCAGGAGGAAUGAUUCACACAGACGAUUCCUACAUCACUGUUGGAUCCAGGCCAAGGACUCAGUCUCUUGCGAGAAGCUCGAAAGUUUCUCAGCAAGCUAGACCGGUCCUCAAGUAUCGAGGACAGGACCGUGUGGUUUCGCUCAGGAACGUUCAGCCCUCCAUGUACCCCAUGAUGGGUCUUGCUGAAGCUCCUCAAUCCUCCUCUACACCCAACCAGCACUUUGCUGAAGCCAUCAGGAAGGUGCAUGCUGGGGAUGGCGAGGUUUCCGUGCCGCCGAUCACAAGGUUGGAGAACGGGCUUGAUGACGUCGGGGGGGACCGGGAGGCGCACGCGGUCGAUUCAGCGGACGCAGACCGAUGGGCGUACUACGGCGCCAUCUUCAUAGUGUUGGUGGGGUCAGCCAUAGUUCUUCUAUACAACCUUCUUCCCAAGGGAUCGAUAGAAAGAGCCAUGGCGGGAGACAUUGGUGUGUAUGACCAGUACCCCAAGGACGGGAAGUCCAGCGACUCCCAGGGUCAGGAGAAGGUGGAAAAGGAUAACAGGGGAAUGAGAUCGUACAAUGUAGAUGCAGACACGAGCGAUCGGGUCCAGAUGUCCUCGAUCGAGAGGGAUCUGCGACUUAUCUAG